AUGGCGUGGGACCAUCUAUCCAUCACCAAGGCGCACUUGGUCUACCUCAUUCUAGGCGGCUUUACCAGCCUGUUCAUGCUAUGUUCGUCCAUUAUCAAGGAGCGACUUUACAUAGGCGAGGCCACUGUUGCGACGAUAUGCGGCAUCAUCUUUGGGCCUCACGCGGCCAACCUAAUCAACCCGCGAACAUGGGGAAACACGGACCUGAUCACCUUUGAGUUCUCUCGGAUAGUCCUGGUGGUGCAGUGUUUUGCCGUUGGUGUCGAGUUACCAAAAUCAUAUAUGGAACGACACUGGAAGUCUGUCACAUUGCUACUGGUCCCCGUCAUGACUUUCGGUUGGCUCAUCACAAGUCUCUUCAUUUGGUGGAUGCUGAAGUCUCACCUGAACUGGCUUGACAGCCUGUGCAUCGCUGCGUGCGUCACGGCUACCGAUCCCGUCCUUGCCUCUUCCGUCGUCGGCAAGGGCAAAUUUGCCAAGCGGGUUCCCAAGCAUUUACGAGAUCUGCUCUCUGCCGAGUCCGGAUGCAAUGACGGCAUGGCUUUUCCGUUUAUCUAUCUCGCAGUUUACAUCAUCCGAUAUGCACCAGAUACUAACAAAGUCGCUUUUCAUUGGUUCUGCUACACCAUUCUUUACGAGUGUAUAUUUGGGGCCAUCUUCGGCGUUACUAUCGGCUACCUUGCGCGGCGUGCCAUCAGAAUCGCCCAUGAGAAGGACCUGAUAGACAGGGAAAGCUUUCUUGUGUUCUACUUUGUCCUUGCAUUGUUCUGCGCUGGCUCUGGCAGUCUCCUCGGAAUGGACGAUCUCCUUGUCGGCUUCGCUUGCGGUGUAGGCUUCAGUAACGACGGCUGGUUCCUUGAGAAGACUGAAGAAUCCCAUGUCUCUAACGUUAUCGAUCUGCUCAUCAACUUGGCUUUCUUCGUUUACUUCGGCACCAUCAUCCCCUGGGAUCAGUUCAACGCCGACGUCAUUGGUACUUCUCCGUGGCGGCUAGUCGUCAUCUCCAUCUUCGUUCUCUUUUUCCGUCGGAUACCUAUAAUGCUGGCUCUCAAGCCAAUUAUACCGGAUCUCAAGACAUGGCGCGAGGCGCUUUUCGCGGGCCACUUCGGCCCUAUCGGUGUCGGUGCGAUAUUCAUCGCCAUCCUUGCGCGAGCCGAACUCGAGACAGAGCACACGACGCCGCUAGCCGUGUUGCCUCCACCUGGCUUCCCCCAUCUGAACAUUAUCGAGAUCAUCUGGCCAGUCACUGCCUUCCUGGUCGUCGUUUCGAUCCUGGUGCACGGCUCUUCCAUCGCCGUCUUUACGCUCGGCAAGCGCAUCAACACUCUCACUCUCACCUACUCGUACACGCAAGCCAAAGAAGAGGGCCCAUCCUGGAUGGACCGCCUCCCGCGUAUCCAAUCCCGCUCAAAGAGCUCCAUGUCUCUCCGCCGUCCAGACGACACGGACUCUUCGUACGAUGAGAAGACCGGCGCGCUGCCGCCCGUUGGCGUGCCGGGCCAGUUCCUGCGCCGCCAGAAAGAGGAAGAGGGUGGCGCUACUUCGAGCCGCUCGUCUAGCGCUGCACCUCGCGCUCGCCGCAGCAAGAAAUGGGAGAAUGGAUUGGGACCCGGUGGGCCGAUCAGCCAGUCUGCCAUUACGCCGCAGUCGCGGAACCUGACGAACCGCGACCAUGUGGACGCGCCGGAACAGGCGAGGGAUUCGGAUACGAUUGCUAUGAACAGCGAUGAGAGUCCCGAUUCGAGCGUGGGCAAGGAGGGGAAGCGCAGGAAGAUGAGUGAGCCGGAAGCGGAGGUGUUCCAGGAGGGCGAUGACAUGGUGAUCGAAGAUGAGGAGGGCAACGUGCUCUCUGUGACAGACACCCACGGCGCCACGGGCGAAGAACGCAGGAAGAUGGCCAAGGAGGAGGGCCGAAACCAGAUGGUGGAGAAGGACGUCCAGGGCGGCGUCGCGCAGACCGAAAACGACUACAGCCAAGACGACGGCAAGAAGCUGAUGCGCGAAGUCAGCGACGCAGUCGAGCAUCCACAGCGGCACUGGCGCGACAUGCGGAAGAAGAUGAUGGAACGGCGCAAGAGCGGUGCCGAGGGCGUGGUCGCGGGGUCUAAGCCUGGUGACCCGCCCAAGGAGGCCAAACGCACGCACGGUCCGGCCUUCGCGUACCAGUUCGGCAACACCGUCAUCGUGGAAGAUGAGGACGGCGAGGUCAUCAAGAAGUACGAGAUCGACGCGCCCAAGCGUCCCGGCACCAGCGGCGACCGCAAGACCUCAUUCGUGGAUGAGCGAACCAGGCAGAGACUCCAGCGUAUGGGCACCUACCUCGGCAUGCCGCAGCACCACAAGGACGAUGAUCUGGACGAGGAAGCCGAGGCGGGGGCCUCAUCCACGCAGCAAGAUGACAAGCGCAGAGAAGAGAAGCGCAAGCGCCAGCAGCAGGAUGAGGAAGACGACGACCAGCAGAUCCGCUUCACGGUCACGACCGGGGGGCAGCGCAUGAGCAAGGCCGACUUUCUGAGAGAGAUUAGGAAUAUGGAUCCCAAGAGUCGCGCGCAGGCCGUCGAGGAGUCAGAUGCGCCGGAAAUGGUGAAGCGCGAGGCUCGACGGGAUUUGCAUGAGCGCGGCCGCGCCAACACGGCCGAGCAGAACCGCCCGAGCCCCCAGAGUCGCCGCCCGACCCAGCAACAGGACGUCAUCGCCGAGCGCGAUGAGGAUGACGAAGAUGAGGUGCCGCAGCAGCAUCGAGGCUCAGAGCCAAUGAUCAAGUUCGCGAGCCACGAAGACAAGCCAGCGGGUCCAGAAGGCCUGACCCUCGUAACCUCAAAUGACGAGGACAUCCCCUUCCACUCCGUCGCCGACGACCUAGCCAACUUCCGCCUCUCCGCAAAAGAAGAAACAGCGGCACAGCGGCGCCGACGCAUGGCCUCGACAGCCGGCCAGGGCCAGGCCCCAGACGAACGAGGCAGCUCCGACGGUAACGGAAACGGCAGACACAGCUCCACCGCCGACAGGCCGAACACGGCGCGUCAGCCCACGAACAUGGAUGCAGGCGAGACCGCAGCUGAGCGACGGCGCAGAGAAGGCGCGUUGGGGAUCUACGAUGACGACGACCGCGGUGGCAGCAGUAGCGAGACGAGCGAUGACGAGCGCCCGGAGACUGGGCGCAGGGAUCCGCACGCUUCGAUGGAGCAGCAGCGGGAGCGGGAGAGGGAGAGGGAGCGUCAGAGGCAGGAGGAGAGUCGGGCCACGAAUAUUAGGUUUGCGGAACCGGCGAGGCCGGAGCCUGUUGCGGCUAGGGAGGAGGGGGAGACGAGGAGGAGGGGUGGUGCGGGGGGGAUUAGGUCGAAGUUGGGGUGGAAGAAGUAG